AUGUUACAUACAGCAUUUAUUGUUAACACCAUUAACCAAGCAUUCAUGAAAGCAGUUGUUAAAAAAUCAAAUUGCAUUUUAGAUUAUGAGUUAAAUGAGGCGCUGCUAACUGAAAGAGGCCCGAGGAUGGCGGACACGAGUCAGCAUGAGCUCUCCGAGCCUCACACAAAUGGAGUGAUAGACGGUCUUACAGAAGAAGAAAAAAGUAAAAUGAGACCAGCGGAUAUUGAUGCCGAUAUGCGAGAAAUGGAGCGAAGGAAGCGUGUAGAAAUAAUAAUGAACUCGAAGAUGUUCAAAGAAGAGUUAGAGCGCAUUAUUGAGACACAAUUGAAGGACGGAUCUGGACCUUGCGGAUUGUUGCAACAGAUUACGGAGAUGAUGGGUGCACAGGGUGCUCGUUUUAAUGCUAAUGUGUUCAAAAAUUCAAAUUGUGUGGUGCCUAUAAACGACAUCCGUGGUGUUGAAGCGAAGGGUUAUGAACGCGGAGAAAAAUUACUACGUUGCAAAUUAGCGGCUGUAUUUAGACUACUAGAUUUGUACGGAUGGACCCAGGGUCUGGCUGGACAGAUAACAGCCCGAUUAAACGCCGACGAGGAGCAUUUUUUAGUAAACCCAUUCGGGCUGCUCUACCACGAGAUAACGGCAUCGUCAUUAGUUAAAGUCGACAUGCAAGGGCAGGUAGUCGAGCAGGGAACGACUAAUUUUGGAGUGCAUGUAGCUGAAUUUCAAUUGCACUCGACGAUCCAUGCUGCUCGUCCAGACAUUAAGUGUAUUAUACAUAUAACAACGCCAACAGUAACAGCAGUGUCUUCCUUAAAAUGCGGCCUCUUACCAAUCGGCCCCGAGAGCAUCGUGAUCGGCGAUGUCUCGAUUCACCAGUACAUCGGCGAGACUGUUGAACCAGAAGAGCGCGAGAAGAUAUCCCGCAAUCUCGGACCUAUUAAUAAAGUAAUGCUUUUGACCAACCGCGGUGCUUUGUGUUGCGGUGAGACUAUUGAAGAAGCCUUUUACAAUGUCUACAAUACUGUUCUUGCUUGCGAGACCCAGUUGAAGUUGAUGCCCAUGGGAGUUGAAAACUUAAACUUACUGUCGGAGGAAUCCAAAAAAUCUAUUUACGAAGCCUCGAGAAAACCACCGAUCCCACAUACUUCCAGUAUCAUUGAACCUUCGCCAUUGGCUGAAAAAUUGGAAAAACGCUGGAGAAUCGGUAGCUCUGAGUUUGAAGCGCUUAUGAGGAUGCUUGACAAUGCCGGUUUCCGUACUGGUUAUAUUUACCGACAUCCAUUAAUUAAAAGUGAGCCACCUAGACCACGUAACGAUGUUGAAGUACCACCAGCUGUUUCUUCACUUGGUUACUUAUUGGAAGAAGAAGAACUUUAUAAACAAGGAUUAUGGAAAGGAGGACGUAAAGGUGCUGACAGAUCACGUUGGUUAAAUUCACCGAAUGUUUAUCAAAAAGUGGAAAUACUCGAGACCGGAACGCCAGAUCCUAAGAAAAUAACAAAGUGGGUGUCUGAUGGAUCACCAACACACAGUAGCAGUACGCCAGUAAGGAUUGAUAGUGCGUUACAGUUUGUACCCAAGAAUACUAAUCCAAAAGAAUUUAAACAACUUCAACAGCAGAUUAAAGACUACCGUAGAGCGGAUAAAAUAUCAGCUGGACCACAGUCACAUAUUUUGGAAGGCGUUUCGUGGGAAGAAGCUAAAAAAAUGCAGGACGCAACUAUCAGUGGCACUGGUGAACAAGUAGUAUUGGUAGGUGCAGCAAGUAAAGGUAUUAUCCAACGUAAUUUCCAACACAAUGCAAUGGUAUACAAAACUCCGUACGCCAAAAAUCCAUUCGACGCGAUCACUGAUCAAGAACUUGAUCAGUACAAAAAAGAAGUUGAACGUAAAACUAAAGGAGAUAUAUAUGAUGAAUCGCAGUCGGAAUCAGAAGCAUUAUCGUCAUUUAAUAUUAGUAGAGCGACCCAUGAAUCAAGCACUGCCAAAUCUCCAAUUCAAUCACCUAUUUCUGUGACAUCUGAAACUGAAGAAGAAAGUCGAGAUGAACCUCGUGUACUGCGGAUAGAAACAAAACGCGUACCUAAACCAAGUCAGGCAGAAGUUGUAUUAAGUGACGAUUAUGAAGCAUCGAGCAAUGAUGAGGGUAACGAGGAGAUUCCAGUCGGCGAUUACGGUCGGUGGCGUCUUGAUGCACAUGAAGAGAUACAUCUUGAGAGGACUAAAUUAAUAACAUUAACACCCCUAAAAUCAUUAAACCCACAGUCUAAGUCACUGGACAAUUUAAACAUCUUUGGAGUUUCAUCUCCAAAGUAUAAAUCCACUUACCCGAAUUUAAACUCCCGAAUAAAAUCUUAUCGCCGUCGUAUAUUUUUUGACCAAUACGACAAAGUGUACGCGCAAUAUAAAAAUUCUAAUUUAACAAGUCAAGUUAGUCAAAGCGUUUCUAAUGUCAAUCUGAAUUUCAUUAAUACCAACCGAGGCCAAAGUUCAGUUAAGCAACUUAUUUCAAAAUAUUCAUCUCUAGCUUUAACUGGCCGUAAUAUUAAUGACAAUACUGAAAACAAUAUCAACAUCAACACUGGAUUGAUAAAAUCACGUAAGCGAGCAUACGUACCAUUGGCCUCUUCAAGCUGUUCAGUAUGUAAACUUCCUCGCUUGUCGUUACCAGUCCUGAAACUGCAAGACCUGCAGAGCCCACGACUCGUUGAAGAAGCCAUGAACCGACAAUUAUUGAGUGAAACUUGUGUGGAGACUGAGAGUCACUUGAAGGAAUGUGAACUGCGACCUGUGCCUGUUGAUCUGCGGGUCAGUCCGAUAAGCAUGUCGCCGUUUUAUCAGUUUGGCGAAGUGCAGUACGAAAGCACGCCUAUCAAAGAUGUCCAGGUCAGUAAAGAUUGCUUACCGACAGCUGGCAGCUUCGAGUUUGUUAAUGCAGACGUUAAUGUCAGUGAAGCUGAUGUCAAUGGGAACGUCGCUAAUCCGCUGAGUAUGACAUCUUCAGGGGAAAAAUUGGUCUCUGAUCAAGAACCGAGUUCCGAAGAUGUCGCUAGUGUUCAGACAGUAGUUGAGAAGAACUUGGAUUGUGUUGUAACUAAUGAGAAGAAUUUGAUAACUGAAACAGAAUCGAUUUCUCCCGAGUUGAUUGACAAUCUUGAGUGGUUCAAUGAGCCGUUGGAUAGUUUAGAAUCUUCAUUCGCCAAAGAGUUGAACGACAGUCAACCCUGGAGGUUUUCUUCGCCACUUGUCAGCGGGAAGAAAUAUCAACGUGAAGACAGCAUGACUGAAGUAAUUGACAGUAUUAAUGUCAAUUUGACUCCUUCUAAAUCUAUGCGAUCGUUGAACUUCCAUCUCCCAAGUUCAGACGCAUCAAUGAAAUACAACCUAAAUUCGUCGCAUAUGAGUGUCAUUUACAGUUUGACUCCUACGGCUGAAAUUCAAGAUGGCGAAGAAGGUAACGAGCACAUUUAUUGCGGUAAAAAAUGCCCGCAGUGCUUAAUACUUGCUCCGAUAGAAAGUUUGUCACCCACUGAUCAUGAUUCUUUCUAUAUUUGGGACGAUCCUAUUGCUGAAGAUGAAGAAAAAGAAGAUAAUGUCGUUGACUUAAACAAGACAAUUGAUUUAUUUGAUAAUUCUAUUGAGCUGGAAGCUAACGUUACUCAUGAAUCAGCUGAUUUUGAACUGCCAGAAAUAAAAGUUGAAGAUGAAGGAGAGUUUCACAAAGAUAUUGAGACUACUGUUAAUGAAAUUAUUGAGGGAUUGGAGGAAAGAGCUACUUUGAUUGAAGCUAAUAGAUUAGUUGAUAAUGUUAUAGAUUCAGCGUGUAUUGAAGUCAAUGCUGUUAAAAGUUUGGAGGAUCAAGCUCGAUUUGAUGGAAAUGAAAAUGCUCAGCAUGAUGUUAAAAAUGAAGUAGAGGCUGCACUUGGUAAUGAAGAAGCCGAUAUUGCCGAUAAUGAAGAAAGAACGCGAGGUGGUAAGGAAGAAAUCGACUUUGUUGGUGAAGUAGCUUGUAAAGUGGAAGAUAAUAGCAAUGUCGAUGAUGUUGAUAUUAAAAAAGAUAUUAGUUCUGUGGAAGAAGAUGGAAUUGGAACAGAAAGAAUAGUGAUAAAAGAAGAAGCUGAUUCUGAGAUUAAAGAUGACGACGAUUUUGGAAUCUUAGAAAACCUUUUUGAGGAAGAAAGUAAGCCUGAAGUUUAUGCUGAAAGUCAUCCAGAAGAAGCUAACACUGAAGAACAGAUAGAUCCUGAAGAGGUUAAAGAAGAAAUAAGUGAGAUUAUUCAUAAAAUUUCUUUCAAUGAAGACUCUGAAGAGAAUAUUGCUGAUAAAUAUACCGUUGUUGAUGAAAUAAUUCAUCACAUUAUUGAUAAAGACUCCUCAAAUUCUUCGGAACAGGCGCUGGAACGUCAAGAUUCCCAUGAGUCUCAAGAAGAAUCUCCACGUGAUACAUCAGAGUCUUCAGAGAGUUUUAACCUAAAAAAAGUUAAAGAAAAUGCUAAUACCGAAAUAAAAGAAAUGCAAAGUCAACAGGAGUCUAGUUUAAAAAUCGUUGAUGAGAAUGUCGAGUGUCGAGAAAGUAAAGAGGACUUUAUUAACAAGCUGAAGGCAAUCACUGAGGACGUUAAUUCUCUGGAUGAAAGUAGAAUAAAGGAAAUAUUCUUCUCAGGAGUUAUCAAUGACUUGCAUUUGAAUCCUGACGGGAAGUUAACAGCAGCCGAGUCGAGUGAAAUUCUACAAAAACUUAAGUGCAUCGUCGAGCAGGUUAAUGUUGAUGAGUCCUCCAAAGCUUUGGAUGGCUUAGAGACCAGUAAUGGUGACUCUACUUACUCUUAUGCGCUGAAGCAGUUCAAGAACCAAGUGGAGGAGAUUUUUAAGAACAGCCAAGCUUCUUUGACUGAGUUAGAUGUUGAUGAUGUUAACAUUGAUAACACUGCUGGUAAAGAGAUUGAUUCAAUGGAAGUUGAUGGUCAUUGUGAAGAAGAUAUUGCUGUUAACAGUUCUGAGCAGAAUGAAGAGUCUGAACGCGAAGAAAUGUCAGUUGAUAAUACCAAGUCGGAUGAUAGCAAGGAAAAGAAUGAAGUUACCGGUAAAACUGUUAAAUUUUGUAUCAUUGAGUACCAAAGUGAAGUGAGUAGCGGUCAAGAAGUUCAGAACGAGGUUGAUGAAGCUGAAAAAGUUCAGGAAACAGGAGCACAGUCUUCUGAUGGAAGAGAAUCAUCAGAGAGUGAUGAGAGUGAUAGCUUGGUGAAGAAUCUGAGCGAUGGUGAGAAAGAAGCUUUGAAGCUCUGGGAAAUGGCUGAGUCUGAAAUAGAGCGCAGUUACAAUGGAAAUAUUUCAACGACUUUUGUAGAAUACGAUCAUGUCGAUGACAUACUGGAUACUGUUGAUGCUAAGCCACUUGUCCACUAUCCAACGCAUCACGACCUGCGUCUCGAUUGCCUUGAUGAAGCUCUUAAUGUUUCUAUUACCCGGUGUAAAGACAAGAUUUCUCUUUCCACUAUUUCUGAAGACGAUGAAUCAGAAUCAGAAUCUGAAGAUGAGGUUUGCUUCAACAGUUCUCCGAUUAGGAAUAUCAACUCGCCAAUGAAGAUCACCAAAGUUGACAGCGUUUGCAGUCUAGAAUUGAUACAAGAAAUCGAUGAAGAUGACAUUGAUAUUGACAAAGUUGUGCCUGAUGUCAAUGCAAAGCCAGAAGAUGUAUCUGAUGAUGAUUCAGAUUCGGUAGUGAUAAUGAGUAUUAAAAAUAUUUUCAGAGAAGAUGAUGAUUUGAAAAUUAUCUACGAAAAUGUUAACAAUGAUAUUUAUCAUGAUGAUGAUGAUGAUGAUGAUGAUGAUAUUAAUAUUAUUAGAGAAACAGUCUUUAACAAACCUGUGAGUGAUUUGGAUGAAAAUCAUUGUUCAAUUGAGAAUGUCAAUGAGUUAAAACAAACCUCAUCAUCAUUAACAGAAUUUCAUUCUUGUCAAGAAGAACUAUCGAAUCCGGAGAGUUUUGAAACAUGUAUAUCUCACCAAUCUGCUCAAACAAUAACUCCGCGAAGUGACAACAAUGAAGUUAACAGCGAAACUUACACGAUAAGUGAUAACGAUGCUGAUGAUGAUUGCACCUCAGAAAUAGUUGGGAUUCCUCAUGAUACGAUGUAUAAUGCAGAUGUGUCGAGUGAGAAUACAGUUAAUGGCGACCAUUCAGAUGCGCAUCAUAGUACAUUUUCUCAUAGCAGCAAAGAGGUAGAAUUACUGCAUGUGCAUGAGGGUUUUGUAUGUUCAUUGGUUGGGACCUUCCAUGUUAAGGGUUCCAUGUCACAGGAUGUGAGCGUUAGCGAGGAGUCGCCCAAAAAGGAGAAGAAGAAGAAGAAGGGACUCAGGACACCAUCUUUCCUCAAAAAGAAGAAGGAGAAGAAGAAGUCCGUCGAGGCGUAG